AUGGCUAAACCCUCCGUUUUGAUCGUUGGCGGUGGCGUCUUCGGCACGUCUACCGCUUAUCACCUUUCCCUGCGCGGGUACAGCUCCAUUACAGUUCUCGAUCGUUUUGAUGCCCCAUCCAAAGAUUCAGCCGCAACUGACCUAAACAAAGUUGUGCGCGCCGACUAUCCAAACCCAUUAUACGCAAAACUCGGUGAAGAGACCAUGCGUGAGUGGACUAAUCCAAGCUCCCUCUUUGCCGGUAUGUAUCAGGAGACUGGCUGGAUCAUGGGAGGCCAUAGCAUGACGCGAAGUUGGCUCAACAGUGCGGUUGAGACAGCCAAGAAAGCUGGUCGUCAAGGUGUCAAAUUCAUGACGGCCGAUGAAAUGAAGGAGAAGUGGCCUGCGCUGACAGGUGACUUUCCGGACUGGACUAACCUUUGGAGUCCUGCUGCUGGUUGGGUGCCAUCGGCUCAAGCGCUUUUGAGAAUGGCCAACGCUGCCAAAGCACAGGGUGUCAAGUAUGUCAGUGGAGAUGCCGGCCACAUUAAAAAGUUAUUAUAUGAUAGCGAUGGAACCUGCAAGGGCGCUGUCGCUGCUGAUGGCACUCUCUACACAGCUGACAUUGUCGUGCUCGCCACUGGCGCGAACACGGCGUCGCUCGUUGAAGCCAAGAGGGAGAUUGUGGCACAGACAUCAGUUAUCUGUGUCAUGAAGCUUGAACCACACGAGGUCGAAAAGUACAAGGACAUUCCCAUCAUCGACGAUUUCGAACAAGGCAUCAUCUUUCCGCCAGAUGAGAAUGGCUUGAUCAAGCUCUGUAGUGUACGACUACUCACCAACUACCGCAAUAAGUCUGUCGCUGGGGCCUCUGUUCUGCACUCCUUAGGAGACUAUCCCGACGAUGGAUGCCCAAAGGAGAUUGAGGAUGAGAUGCGGUCAUUUGUACGGGAAAUGAUACCAGAGCUGGCAGAUAGGCCAUUCAUCUCAACCAAGCUUUGUUGGGAUGGUAUGGCGACGGACCUUAACUUCAGAAUCUGCCCUUAUCCCAACACUAAGAACUUAUUCGUUGCCACAGUCGGGUCGAAUCACGGUUUUAAGUUUUUGCCAGUCAUCGGGAAAUACGUCGCUGACAUGCUCGAGGGUAAACUGGGCAAGGAGUGGCAGGACUUAUGGGCUUGGAAGAAUGGAAGGAUUCCUGAAGGCACACAAGAUCCCCAUCCGUGGCCCCUCCGGGACCUUUCAGACCUUUCCGGUUGGCGCGGGAGAAAUGCACCCGGGGCUGGCAAGCUGCCAUGGACUUGGAGUCGUCUAUGA